AUGCCGCCAUCGGGCAAGCGCACCCAGCGCGGGCGCCGCGACCUUCGCAAGGACAAGGAAAUCGCCGCAGACCUCGAGAGCUCGUCGCCCAGCCGUCCCGCAAAGCGGCGCAAGAGAGCUUCCUCUCCAGACCAGCCCGACUCCGUCCCGGCCGGCGCUCCGUCGCAGGCGCCCGAGGCCUCGUCGUCGCCCAGAGCCGAUGACGACCAGCUGGUGGCGCAGGUGACGCAGCAGCUCCGAACGCAGCCGGUCCAGGCGAGCAAGGACCAUUCCAACGCCAUCCACGAGGCCAACGGUGAUGGAGUCAAGGCAUAUGCAAAGAUCGCGGCGCAGGAUUGGACCUAUUACAUCACCAAGCUCAACGUCAAUAUCGGGCGCGCGCCCGAACCGAGCCACGGCGGGCCGACCAGCAGCGAAAAUGCAGUGCACAUCGACCUCGGCCCCGGCAAGAUGGUGUCGCGCGAGCAUGCGACCAUCUCGUUCAACUCCAAGGACGAGAUCUGGAUGCUCUACGUCAAGGGUCGCAACGGCGCCAAGGUGGAUGGCCAGACAAUCAAGCCGCAGACGUCGCAUCCUCUGACGAGCGGAGAGGUCGUCGAGAUUGGCAACGUCGAGAUGAUGUUUGUGCUUCCUUCAGAGCUCAGUGCGCUCCACGUCCAUCCCACCUUUCUCCAGCGGUGCGGACGGGCUGUUGAUGCACCAAAGGCUGCGCAGCCUCGCCAGUACGGCCCCGGCACACCGGCCAAAGUAGAUGUAAAGCGGCCCGGGACGCCGACGUCAUCGCAGGACCAUAGCACGGCGACGAUUGUCAAGUCUCCCGUUCCGGCGAGCACUCCGGGCGGUCUUCUUGGAGCCAGUGGUGUAGAUCUUAGUCUCGAUGACAACCAGCACAUCAAGCCCCAGUACAGCUAUGCCCAGAUGAUAACGCAGGCCAUUCUUAACGCCCCCGAUGGCAAGCUCAAUCUGAACGGCAUCUAUAACUUUAUCAUGAAUAGUUAUUCCUAUUAUCGCCACCAGCAUGCGGCAGGUUGGCAGAAUUCUAUUAGACACAAUCUGUCGCUUAAUAAAUCUUUUGACAAGGUCGCCCGGUCUACCGACGAGCCUGGAAAAGGAAUGAAAUGGCACAUCGUUCCCGAGACCCGGGACGAAAUGGUGAGGAAUGCGUACAAAAUAGGACGUGGCGGUCAUCGGGGAUCGUCAGUGCCAUCGUCACCGAGCCAGCUCAAUUACAUUACCCACGGCCCAAAAGAUAUCCUGGCCCGGGAUCCCUCAUCCGCGCAAAAGCGGCGAGGAUCGUCGCUGGUAUCGCCUCCCCCUCAGUCGUCCCUCCGCGCCAUACAGUCAACACCGGAUCGCGGAUAUGGUCGACAGACGGACCGGAGCUCGGCCUUGACUGCAGACGGAAGCCCUUUACCCCGAGCGAGAAAAUCUACCGCGGGCGACUCGUCUUUUUCUGGCUUCCAUCCUCAGUCGCCCACAUUGACGUCGUCGUAUAUGCAAGAUGAUAACGCAUCAUUUAUUACGCCGGCGCCGCCGAGAGUCCAUCCCAAGCUGGCACCUCCAAGCACUGCACAGCGACCCAGCCAGCACAUGCCGACCAGCUCACCGGCGCCCUUUUGGAAGUAUGCCGACAUCGGUAGCACGCCGUUGAAGCCGCCAUACGAAAUCAGUCCUUCGAGAGUUGCUGGAGAAGGGCGUCCUCCAAGCAGUAGCCCGCCUGCGGCCGGCAAGUCACCGCCAAGCAGUCCGUCUCGACCACAGAAAUCUGGCGGACAAGAACCUAAGGAUGCUGCAGAUGAGCACGAGGAUGAGCAAGGGUUUGAUUUGAUGAAGGGUUUUCAGAGUAUUGGUGCGUACCAUGCUCCGGUAGAGAGAGGCGUUCCCAUCGGCGCCGCCUUGAAAGGCGGUUCAUGA